AUGAGUGCUCCAGUCGCGCCCUUCAACCCCCGACCUAUGCUCCAGAGCUUGGUCGACAAAGAUAUCCUCGUGCGCCUGAAGUGGGGCGAGACCGAGUACAAGGGCCGCCUUGUUUCCGUCGACCUCUACAUGAACAUCCAGCUCAACAACACGGAAGAAUUCAUCAAUGGACAGAGCUCAGGACAACUGGGGCAGGUGCUGAUAAGGUGUAACAACGUACUCUGGAUUGGAGCGGCAGACCAGGUUGAGCCGAAGGCAUCAAAAGACACGGCCAUGUCGGGUUGA